GCAACAUAAAAGGAAGAUAAAUCUCAUGAUGCAAGGCACUAACACCCUUUAAUUAGUCUCUGGUUAUUUACCUUGGGUGUUCCUUACAGUUGAAAGGCCAACUGAACCUACUGCCAAGCAAGAGCUGACGGUCACAAGGAAAGGUGCAAUGAUGAAGAGUUUUUCCCUAGUUGUGACUAUCCUGGCAUUAACCCUGCCGUUUUUGGUUGCCCAGGAGCAAAACCAGGAACAACCAACAGGCUGUGAGAAAGAUGAAAGAUUCUUCAAUGACAAAAUAGUCAAAUAUAUCCCAAUUCAGUAUGUGCUGAGUAGGUAUCCUAGUUAUGGACUCAGUUACUACCAACACAGACCAGUUGCACUAAUUAAUAAUCAAUUUCUGCCAUACCCAUAUUAUGCAAAGCCAGGUGCAGUUAGGUCACCUGCCCAAAUUCUCCAAUGGCAAGUCUUGCCAAAUACUGUGCCUGCCAAGUCCUGCCAAGCCCAACCAACUACCCUGGCACGUCACCCACACCCACGUUUAUCAUUUAUGGCCAUUCCGCCAAAGAAAAAUCAGGAUAAAACAGACAUCCCUACCAUCAACACCAUUGCUACUGUUGAGUCUACAAUUACACCUACCACCGAAGCAAUAGUGGACACUGUAGCUACUCCAGAAGCUUCCUCAGAAGUUAUUGAGAGUGCACCUGAGACCAAGACAGACCAAGUUACUUCAACCGUGGUCUAAAAACUCUAAGGAGACAUCAAAGAAGACAACGCAGGUAAAUGAGCAAAAGACAAAAAUGAGUAAUAGCCAAGAUUCACGGACUUAUCAAUAUAAUCGUAACAUCUAAACUAGCAGAUGGAUAAAUUAAAUCUGUUACAGAGAAGGCAAAAUGGGCUAAUUAUAACUUACAUUUGCUGGUUCUUCAGCAUUGAUACACUAGAUUCUUUACCAAAAAGAAAAUUUUAAAAUAUCUUAUUUUACAAAAUGAGUA